GGACGACACAUCACUAGAAUGAACCCAAAUGGCGACACUUCCGGCAUGGUUGUGUUUGUGAACUUACUUUUUGUGUUUUUGUUGCAGACACGUUAAAUUAAAUAAAUAAAUUAAUUAAAUUAAUUAAAUCAAAACAAAGUUUUUUCUUUGAUCCUCCGCGCGGGUUGUUACGGUGCCUCGUGCUGCUCGUUAACGGAUUCAGCUCGCGCCAGAUUAACGGGAGACGGUGACCGGCGGAGACAGAAACGUUUCAAGCUCGGCUCGGACAUGACGGACGGGUUGACUCUGGUCCAGAGACUCAGCGCACACCCGGACUCCCGGUGCUGGUUCGUCAGCUGGAGCCCGUCCGGGACGCUGCUGGCCUCGUGCGGCGGAGACAAGGCCAUCCGGAUAUGGGGACGAGAAGGUGACUCUUGGAUCUGUAAGAGCGUCCUCGAGGACGGGCACCAGCGCACCGUGAGGAAGGUGGCGUGGUCUCCGUGUGGGAACUAUCUCGCCUCGGCCAGCUUCGAUGCGACCACGUGCAUCUGGAAAAAGAAGAACGAUGAUUUUGAGAGUUUGACUGUGUUGGAGGGACAUGAGAACGAGGUGAAGUGUGUGGCGUGGGCUCCUUCAGGGAAUCUGCUGGCCACGUGUAGCCGAGACAAGAGCGUCUGGGUGUGGGAAGUGGACGAAGAAGAAGAGUACGAGUGCGUCACCGUCGUGAACUCUCACACACAAGACGUCAAGCAUGUUAUCUGGCAUCCGACCAAGGAGAUGCUGGCUUCAGCCAGCUACGACAACAACAUCUGUAUUUACAGAGAGGAGGACGACGACUGGGAGUGUCGGGCCACCCUGAAAGGACACACGUCCACGGUGUGGGGUCUGUGUUUUGACGCUUCAGGACAGAGGAUGGCGUCCUGCAGCGACGACCGCACCGUGAAGAUUUGGAAGGAGUAUCCGGCUGAAAGUGGACAGGACGACUUGUCGUGGAAGUGUGUCUGCACUCUGUCUGGGUACCACGGAAGGACGGUGUACGACGUCGCCUGGUGUCGGCUGACUGGCGCCCUCGCUACCGCCUGCGGCGAUGACACGGUGCGAGUGUUCAAGGAGGACGCGACGUCGCAUCCGGACCAGCCGGUGUUCUCUCUGGUCGCUCAGGUGCCCAGAGCUCACCAACAGGACGUCAACUGUGUUGCCUGGAACCCGAAGGAGGCGGGACUCCUGGCCACCUGCAGCGACGACGGAGACAUCAGCAUCUGGAGGUUCCAAGAGGAACACUAGAGCUUUAAUGUUGAUGACGUUAGUGUCUAAACCGGUAACGCUUCAGCUCAUCUUGUGCUUUGUCUUCAUGCUUCAUGAUGUUUAUAUAAAUAAAUAUAAAGACGAUAUAUAAACAA